AUGGUCUACCUGCCACCACCUCAGUUUGCUUCAGCCUCACGACCAUCGUACGGAGAGACAUACGCCAAGAUCCUCGCGGCUCAUCGACGCUCUCCCGCUACAUCUGCAUCGUCCGUGAUCAUCCUUGUUGCUCCCGAUGUGGACGCGCUAUGUGCUGCACAUAUGCUGGCCGAAUUGUUCAAGCAGGACGACGUCAUGCAUCGUAUUAUUCCCGUUUCUGGACAUGCCGAACUAGAGCGAAUGAGGGACGAGCUUGCGACCUUUACUGACCUGCAUACCUUGAUCCUGUUGAAUAUGGGCGCUAUUCUUGACCUUCCGUCUUCAGAAUGGUUUGGGGAGUUCAGCACACAGCUGACGGUUCACGUAAUCGAUUCCUCACGACCACAGAAUCUUGCCAGUAUAUUUGGCAUUGGAGAGGGUGGUAACAGAAUCGUGAUAUGGGAUGACGGAGGUGCAGAGAAUCUGCAAGAGGAGCGUAAGGCUUGGGAGGCUCUUGCAUAUGAGCCCGAACCUGAUUCUGAUGAAGAAGAUUCCGAACUAGACUCAGAAGAGGACGUUGAAGGAGAUGAUGAUGACGAAGGUGAAGAUGACGCAUACGAUGGGGGAAGCUCUUCUGGAAAGCGACGGUCCUUAGGUGAUGGAGGUCGGCCCAACGGCAAGCGUCGAAGGAUCCAAAGACGACCAUCGCGUAUGUCGAAGGAAGAUCGCGCACAAUAUUCUUCUCGGCUAGAGAAAUAUUACAUGUCUGGUACAUGGCAUGGGCAAAGUGCGUGUGGAACAAUAUACUUGCUUGCCACUGUGCUCGAACGUGUAGACAACGACUUAUUAUGGCUGGCCAUAUUGGGUCUAACACAUCAAUACACUACAUCCAGAAUAUCGCGUAACGACUACGACAAAUAUCAUUCCAUAUAUUACGACGAAGUCGCGCGCCUAAACCCACCUCCACCCGCUUCGGCUGCGAAUGACUAUGACUUCAAAUCCCAGCACCCCGACGAUACCUCUGUAUAUGCCGCAGACGAACUGCGGUUCAUGAUGUUCAGACAUUGGAAUUUGUAUGAUGCAAUGUAUCAUUCUAGCUAUGUAGCAACUAGACUGGGAAUUUGGAAAGAAAGAGGUCGAAAACGACUGACAGGUCUCCUAGCUAAAAUGGGAUUUUCUAUACCUGAGACACAACAGCCAUACCCUCAUAUGGCGAAGGAUCUGAAGCUCUCCUUGCGCCAGAAAUUAGAUCAGAUAGCUCCAGAAUACGGUCUCGUGGAAUUGUCCUACCCUUCCUUUACACGCUGUUAUGGCUAUCGCUCACAACCACUCUCCGCAUGUGAUGCGGUGGAGGCGGUUUCUGCCCUGCUUGACGUCGCCGGGGGUGUGCGCUUGGAGAUAGAAGUAGAAGGCGCGCGGAAUGGCGGUGAGUGGUUUGGCGGAGGACGCGUGUGGAACAUCGAGAGGGACGAGGGGAGAAAAGAGGGCGAGCAUGAACACAUACCACCAGGAGGUGCUACUGCUGGGGUCAAAACGGUAAAUGCUAUGGGCGGUGAAGCUGGUAUGGAUCAAGCCAACGGAGAAGGUCAGGACUUGCAAUGGUGGAUUAAGAAUUUCUGGACAGCAUUCGAUGCUCUCGGCGACAUCGUGCGUUUACGAGAGGCUCUGUCGCUCGCCAUGGCCCUCCAUAAGGCGAUUGUCCGCCAAGGUUCGUCCAUUAUUGACAAACAUGACAUUCGCACGCUCCGAGGCCAUCGUGUUGUCACUAUCACGCAGGGACCUGACCUGGCGCUCUUCGCGCACCCCGGUGUUCUCUCCCGUCUUGCCCUGUGGCUCGUUGAGGCACUGCGGGAUCGGCUCAGCGGAACGAGCACUGCCUAUUCGCGCAGCAAACGCAAAAGCCUGCCGUUGGUUCUCGCGUGUCUCAAUGAGAAAGAGGGCACCUACCUUGUCGUGGGCGUUAUGGCCGCGCUGAACUUUGGCGAUGUGCGAAAGAACGAGUUCGGCCUUGCAUUCCUGGAUGCAAAAGAGAGAUGCAAUGCGCGUACGCGGCACGGCUCAUUUGAUACGAGUGUCCUGGAAAUCAAUAAAGAUGACUUGAAGGUUUUCCUGGAGACAUUGUGUGAUGGUGGCGAGAGAUAG